AUGCUGCCUACUGCUGUUCUGUCUCUAUCACUGAUGAAUCUGCUGGCUCUGGGGGUUGGCUCCUCCACCUCCAAGGCACCCCCAGCCUCAGGUAACCCCCAGCAGCACCAGCAGGCUGUUUUCUCUUUGGGGCACCCCAGCUGGUCCCUGGGGCUGCAGCUCUAUAAGGCCCUACGGAGUGAAGGCUCCCACACCAACACCCUCAUCUCUCCAGUACUGCUUGCCAGCUCCUUGGGUGCUUUAAGCCGUACAGCCAAAGGAACCACAGCUGCACAGCUCCAGGAGCUUCUGCAGACUGCCAAAGACAAGAAGAAAGCUGAGGAAGCUUUAUCCAACGUUCUGAAAUCCAUGCAUGAGGGGAAUGGAACAAGCUAUGCACUGCAUGCGUCCUCAGCUCUCUUCUCCAAACAGGUUCCUGCGCUGGAGAAGGCCUUCCUGAAGGAACUCCAGGCUCAGUUUGGGUUGGGCCAUGUGGCUCUAAGUGCAGGGGAUAAGCAGAGAGAUAUGGAGAAGCUCCGCUCCUGGGCUAAAGAUGGAAUGGGAGGACUGGAGGGGCCUCCACUGACUGAGGAACCAGACCCCAAAGAAGGAGCCAUGAUCCUGGCCAAUGCAUUGCACUUAAAAGGUUUUUGGGAUCGUAGCUUUGACCAAGAAAACCAAGACCUGCGAAGCUUUUUAGGGACCAAAUACACCAAAGUGUACAUGAUGCACAGAUCAGGGGUGUACCGUCACUAUGAGGACAUGGAAAAUAUGGUGCAGGUGUUGGAGCUGGGCCUGUGGGGUGGAAAGGCCAGCAUGGUGCUGCUGCUGCCCUUCCAUGUCGAGAGUCUGGCCAGACUGGAGCGCGUGCUGACCCUGGAACAGCUAGAGAAGUGGUUGGGGAAGCUGAGCAGCAUAAGCAUGGCACUCUCACUGCCCCGGGUCAAUGUCAGCAGUACACUCAGCCUGCAGAAACAAUUGGCUGCACUGGGUGUGGUAGAUGCGUGGGACCAGAAGGUGGCAGAUUUCUCUGGGUUGUCUGGACAGGCAAAGGGGAAUCUUCACCUGGAGGAUGUUCUUCACUGGGCCUCCUUGGAGCUGACCUCAGAGUCAGGCAGUAAGGACAGCAUGGACAAGGACGAGCAUGUGGAGAAACCCAAACUCUUCUAUGCAGAUCAUUCCUUCAUCAUCCUGGUGAAGGAUAACAGCACUGGGGCUCUGUUGUUAUUGGGUGCUUUGGACCUGGCAGAGGGAGUUACACUGCAUGAUGAGCUGUAGAACCGAAAUACCUGACACACAGAUACCGUUAUACAGUGCAGAGUUACUACAGUGCAUGACCAUGACACCGACACUCAGCUGGGCCAGUUUUUUCAGUGACACUUCUAUUGUUUUGGAAUUUUCAUAAUUUCAUCAUCUUUAGCAUUUUGUAUCAGUGGUAUUGCAUUUCACUAACAAAUUAAAAGUGAAAAAAGUCAGAUACAGUUUUCCCAUCAUCCUGAAUGUUGCUGAUCAGCUAGGGCCUGUUUUGAGCUUUGCUGUAGAGACUAAUGUUGCUAACAAGUUGUGGAAGCCCACUAGUGAUAAUGAUUUUGAUAUUCAACUAUCUAUGGAUGGGGAAGGAGAAAAACUGGCUUCAUCCAAAUUAGUGUAGGACUGUAGGCUCACUUUUUUAGGUGACAGCACUGGGGUUGCACAAAACAAAUUGCAGGUAGAUACAUUUAAAAAGUCAGUCACAGCUAAAAACAGUAGUUGAAGCUAGAAUUUUGUCUGUAUGUUUACAUAUUUAUAGAUAAGAGUAUCAGAGGAUCUGAAAAUCUACACUUCUAUUUGACAUUACAUAGUACGCAUGCAGUUUGCAUAAUAGUAAUAACUAUUACUUGUUAACUACAUUAACCUUGUAGGUGCAGCGCACUACCACACUAAAGAGGCAAGUAUUCGAAACCAAACAUGUCUGAACUGAUUGAGUAAGGGGGAACUUAUGUAAAUUUGGUAUUUAGCCAAAGUUGGAUGAAACUCUGAUCACAUUUUGACAUCAAUCUAGACUCUUUUUUUUUUUUUUUUUUUUUAAAGGUGAGAAUGGUGCAUUGUAAAGUGUUGUAUUUGAGCCAAGCAAACCUACAAGAACAGUUUCACCUGGCCCAGACCUGCAACUCAUUUACAUUAUUGUAACAACUGGCACACUGGGGCAGGCACUGACUGACGGCCCCACUGAGAGAGACAGACUUUUGCUCUCGUGCAGUAGGCAGUGGAUUGUUCUGGAAUCUCUGUCAGAAUGUGUCACUUUGACUUAUACUCAUAUUGGCACCCUGACACUAUUCGUUCUCUCCGUCACUAUCAAACAUGAACACUGCGCUGACAGCCAUGGGCUCAAAUGCUGACGCGUAUAUGGGGACGGAGACACACAGGACAGUGUCUAACACACGCUCACAGAUCCACACAUAAACAAAUGCUAAGAGGAUACACGGUCAACAAGGCAACAUGAUCCCUGCCAGCGUAAAUGUCUGACACUGGCAUUCUUAGGAGUGCCAUCCUUAUCUGAACCCAGGCGAAGAGUGCACCAGCUUCCAAACCACAUAGUCAACUUGGCACAAUGUCAUAUGAAAAAUGCAACAUAUGGGAUACAGUAAUUUGCACCCUGGUCAGAUUACGUUUUGAUUUUUGAGCUGUUGACAUCUUCUACAGAGAACAUACUUAAAAUGACAUUGAUGUUCUCUGUAGAUAAUAUGUACUUGUUUACACUUAGUCACCAAGCUUGAUCAUUUGAGCAGGGUCACCAAACUUUUGUAUGGAAAAGUGGGCAAGGCAAAAAAAAAAAAAGACAAUACUUAGACAUUUUCAGGAUACAAAAUGCAUAUCGCAGUUAGAAAUAAAAACAACUGAAUGAUUAACUGUUAACCAGCAACAACUGUUUAGCCAGUACAUUGGUUUAUACUUACUUCAUUUUGAAUAAAUAGGUCAAAUUUGACUAAGUGGG